AUGCAUCUCUCCCUCCUCCUUCCCCUCCUCCCCCUGAUCCCCCCAACCACCGCCCACGGCCGCAUAACCAACAUCACCACCGCCAGCGGCCUCGUCUACCAAGGCUGGGACCCCGAACUAGCCCUGCGCACCACGCCGCCGCCUCCGCUCGCCGCCUGGACCGCCUCCAACCUGGGCAACAUCUUCGUCCCGCCCUCGCAGUUCAACACCUCUGCCAUAAUAUGCCACUACAACGCGACGCCGGGCGCGCUGCACGUCAACGCGUCGGCGGGCGAGGCGCUCACACUGCAGUGGAACGAGUGGCCGGUGUCGCACAAGGGGCCGGUGCUGACGUAUCUGGCGGCGUGCAAUGGGAGCUGUGCGGCGGUGCAGAAGGAGCGGCUGGAGUGGGUGAAGGUUGAUCAGCAGGGGUGGCUGAAUAGCUCGGGGUGGGACGGGUUGGGCGGGACGUGGGCGUCCGAUGUGCUGAUUGCGAAUCGGGCGGCGUGGAUGGUUAAGCUGCCUAGUCAGUUGGCUGAGGGGUAUUAUGUGCUGAGGCAUGAAAUUAUCGCGCUGCAUGUUGCGAAUGAGACGGAUGGUGCGCAGGCGUAUCCGCAGUGUGUGAAUGUGAGGGUGGGGAAGGGUGGUGCGGAGAGCAUCGAGGGAGGCGUGGUGGGGAGCAAGUUGUACGGCAUGGGGGAUAAGGGCAUUUUGGUGGAUAUCCAUCACAAGCUCACUGGGUAUAGUAUUCCUGGGCCGAAUCUGUGGAAGUAUGCUACGCCGGUUAAGCAGGCGAACGAGAAGAGGUGGUUUGAGCGGAGAAGGACACGGUGA